AUGCAGGAUCUAGGCCUCGCAAGCGCCAACGCGGCGAACAACAUCUCACACUCGUUGGGUUCAUCGAAAGAAACAUACUUUCGCGAUACACAGAACUGUGUAAUCCAAGAUGCAUUCCGUCAUUCCAGGUCGCAAUGGAUCGAUGACCCAGUCAUUUGUCAGUGGCGAGAUCCCACACAUCAUAUUCACCGUGUCCUUUCGGAUACCAACGAUCUAUAUCAUGAUUGGAAGUAUAUGAAAAGAAAGCUGUUUUCCAUUUCUACAUCCCCUGUUUGGAGAGACACUGGUCGUGCUCUUGCAGAAGUCGGCCUGCCAUGGCACAGCAACCAAGUCAAUAUGCCAGAUCAAAUAGACUCGAGCUGGCCAUUUCAUUUCAAGGAUUUCGAGACUCAGCUUCUACAACUACUAGGCUCCAGAGUUGGUAGUUCAUCAGCAGUUGGAUACGCUUCUAGUCACUUAGAGGCAAGCUGCUAUUGCAUCCGUGCAUUACAGCAAGAACUGAGGAGAGUAUGCCCGAGUCAGAGACCCAUUCUCAUUUACGACCAAAUUGAUCACAAGCUGGUCGAAGCCAUUCGAAAGAUCCUUGGACUUGAUACAGCCCGGGUUCAUUUAUCCGAUCCACGGGAGGAAAUGAUACAGGGUUUACUCAACGCCACUGCAAACAAAGCCCGACCUAUCAUAUUUGCUGCAUCAAUAGGGAAUUCUGCCACCGAAAAUGACAAGAUUAGCCUUAUUGUAGAUAUUUCUACUGAAUUUACUUUGAUUCUACAUAUCGACGCCUUCCAAAGUUUUGAUUACAUUACGACCAUGUCGGAACACGAAAGACGACGAGCAGGCGUGGAGAAAUUUGUAUUGGCCAACAAAUCUCCCCACGGCUUCCUCAGAACCGAAGACGGCUUUGUGAUUGCCAAUAGCAUAGUAGCAGGCGGCUUGAAUCAACCCCCUCAUGGACCUGCAGUUUCAUUGACGCCCAAUUACCAAGGCGUCAAAGGGGAAAAAGUGGCGUAUAUCAGGUCAUUCGAUUCGACAUUAGGUGGCUCAAGGGACGCAAUAGCACCACUUUGGCUCGCUCUUUAUGAGCUAAGACUAGGCCACAACGGUAUCCAAAAGUUAUGCAGGGAUCUUCUUGAUAUUAGAUCCAGCGUCUUGAGGGUUUUGAAAUCUCAGGGUAUGACGGCAUAUGAAUCCACCUACUCUUUAGAUGUGGUCGUCCAUUCUUUCUCUUCCUCUCAGAAGCAGCGUCUUUUGAAGUUAGGGGGAAUUCUUGUUAAAUCUGGAGAAAUUGUCUUGGCUAUUCAGACACGAUUUCUUACAGGCGAGGUUUUCUCUUCUAGCCCUUCAUUUUGGGGAUCACACACCAACAACUUUUCAACGAGCAAACCUCUGUUGAAUCAGUAUCCGAUUGAUCCAUCCAUUCUGAAGCAACUCAAAGCAACUGUCCAAGGUUGGAAGACCAUCACAAGGUCUACUGCUGGAUACCCACUACACAUGGGGUCUCUUGCGGCUCUCGGGCCAGUUAUUGCCCGCUUUUGGGAUCUCGACAUUUCACAACGUUGGGUCGAAAACACGGCACAUAAAAUUCUAAGCUCCCGUCUAGCGUCUUUUGGGGUUCCUGAUGCAGAGAAUCAGCGUACUUUCAAGGCUAAUUUUACCAACGGCAGUACGAUGGGAAACCGGUGUGGAAUUCACACAGCCUUCUCCCAGUUCCCCGAUGCUACUAUUUACCUAUCGACCGAAACGCACUACAGCGUCAUGAAGACGCUUCGAGACUGUGAUAAGAUUUCCAAUAUCUGGUCAUUAAAGGAACCCCAAUUUUUCCAAAUUCCUUCGGAUUCUCGGGGCAGGAUGUGCGCAGCUGCGCUCUUGAAACAAGUCAUGUUGGAUAAGCAGCGUUAUACGGCACGAGGCCGGGAAUAUCAUCUGAUCCUCUUCGCAAACAUUGGAACUACAUUUGUCGGAGCGCGAGAUAACCUGUCUGAAAUCUACCAGACGCUACGGGAGCAUGGUAUAGAGAUUUCAUAUAUCCACGCUGACGGAGCCUUUGAUUUUGGGUUUGAUACCUGCGGCAUCAGCCUGGGCAGGCCUGGAUCUGUUGACGAUGAUGGCGUGCCUUGUGUACAGGGCAUCACAAUUAGCCACCAUAAGGCCCUUGGUCAAAGUGUGUCUGGGGAGGUACUCUGUUUUAGCCCCGACCGCGAGAUUGUAGGGAAAGUUCCCAAUCUUGAUCCGAAGGUCGUCUUUGAAACCUGGCUAUACAAUCAAGUUUAUAGGCCCAGGGAUCGUCUUCAGUUACGUAAUUACUGCCAGCAAAACGCAUUGUUUCUGGAGACGGGACUCAGGAAUUUAGGAUUGGCCACCAAGAGAAACCCCGACAGUAUGAUUGUGGUUUUUGAACGGCCAGUUGCUUGGAUCACAGAAGAAUUCUCUCUCCGGCCGGAGGGGGAUUGGGUACAUUUCAUCACGAUGCCUCAUAUCUCACCAGAAACGAUCGAACUCUUCCUGGAUCGGAUUAAGAGUGUGGACGAGGAAUGCCGGGCUGCAUUUAGUAGCAUUGCGCCACUACUAACUGAUCUGCUGGGACGAGAGAUACAACUCAAGCGGUUACAGAACCAAUCUAGAUUGGUUGAAAGACUCCGUCGGUUAUCUCAGUUUCUGAAACCGGUGCAAUCUGGGUAUACUGCAGAAUUGGAGGAGCUUAUUAAGCGAAGCGUCCGUGGUGCCCUUUCCAUUGCUGCUGUAGAUGACGAGGAGAAUAUUCAACUUGUCUUUCUUGCCGAGUCCAAUAGAGAUCAGUCAAUAAUGGUACACCCGCUCCUGCUAAAUACUAGCUUUGUGAACAAGAUUCAAGCCAUUCAAGAGAUACAAGGUCAGCUUAUGGGCCUCCUGGGGAGAUAUCUCAAAGCUAAGAUUAGGUUGAGCAGCGCCGGCCACCAAGUUUACAUUUACUCAUAG